UACUCGCUUCUUUCCCACUUUCUUCUUACGAGAGAACUGGUAGUUUACUCCUUCUGCCGUAACUUUGCUCUAAAUUCUACGUUUCAUAAACACAAAUUAGUAAAGAAUUAAAUUAACAAUUUUUUGGGAGUGUUUCCUUCUCAACGGCUAUAUCCCACCUUUACUAACAGUCGCUGAAAUUGGAAGGUUUCAUUCUGUGAAUUUCUUGUUAUAUCAUAUCCAUUCGAGUAAAUACCUCGUCAGGUCAGUAUUGUCCAGUUGACUUGAAGCUGAAAACACUACAUUACAGAAAACUUUUAUGGUAUAGAUUUUAGUCCAGCUUCAAAAUGCUGUCUAAAUUAGCCGUUUAUGACGAACUUAUUCGUCACUACGACCAUUACUGCAAUCAAAAUUCCACCAAAGAAUUUCUGGAGUUUGUGAAUAAUCAAGAAAAUUGCAGACAAAAGUGGGAGGAGUCUGAAACUGAAUGCACGCGUCUACAAAACGAAGUUUCAGUGUGUCAACAAGAAAUCACACGGCAAGAAAGGAAAAUCCAAGAAGUUCGGCGACAUUUGGAGAGCAAGAUGGAAAUUGUAAAUAAGUUGGAAUUGGAAAAUGAAAGAAUUGAACUGCGUAACAAUUCUGCGAAAUCACUUGUAAACCAUUAUUUAAAUGAGCCAAGAAUCAACCCGGACAUGAAAGAGAGACUUUUGCAUAUCAUUUCGAUUUUGGAAAAUGGAGAGAACCGAGAUAAGAAUACAUUUAUGCGAUCCCCUGCUGGAGCUCUGGACACUAUAUCAGAAGUGGGAUCAACUGAUCUGAGCAUGACACAGUCGGAGGAUGAUUUGGAUGUAUCUGGAGUUCGAACUCGUCGACAACGGGCUAGGUCAGGGAAGAGACAGUCACUAGAAAAAUUAAUGGUUGCCUCUAAGAAAGCUCGAAAGUCGUCAACGACGCAACAGAUCAUGGAUUCCACUGGAACAGACAAAUUAAUUGCAAAAACUGUAGUGUCGUUCCCCAGGGAUGGACAUAUUCACGCUGUUGCAAGUUUGGAAACUGUUCCUGGAAAUUCGUAUAUGCCCUCGAAAAUGUCUGAAGCUCAGAUAAUUAUGCACCCUUCGGCACCACCAUUGCCCUCAAGUGAAUCGGAGUCUGAAGCUGGAGGAUUGCUUACUCAUCAGAAAUCCCCAGUAACUCAUCAAUUGAUUAUCAACAACGAGGCUGCAUCAUCAUCAACACAGUCUCCUCGAUUUGGGCGAACAUUGAGCUCUGGAGGGGCAAUGGCAAUGCGUCCUCAUGCUUUCUGUCAAAAAACUGUUAUCAAACCUGAAACAUGCGAACCUUGUGGAAAACGAAUCAAGUUUUCAAAGCUUGCAUUGAAAUGUCGAGAUUGUAAAGCGACUUGUCACCCCGAAUGCAAAGAUAAAGUGCCAUUGCCAUGCGUUGUUACUGGAACUCCCAGCAAUAAGACACAAAUGGGAACAAUUGCCGAUUAUGCCCCUUUGACACAUCCUAUGGUCCCGGGACUUGUUCAACACUGCGUCAAUGAAGUUGAGGUCAGAGGUUUCGAAACCGUUGGCUUAUAUCGUGUUCCGGGCCCAGAAAAGGAAGUCAAGGAAUUGAAAGAACGUUUUCUUAAGGGGAAGGGAAUUCCCAAUUUGAGCAAAUAUGAUAUUCAUGCAGUGUGUGGUUGUAUCAAGGACUUUCUUCGCUCAAUUCAAGAGCCAUUGAUUGGAAAAUGGUUUUGGCGUGACUUUGCAUUGGCUAGUGAAAUUUCUGAUCGACUUAAACGACAAGCUGAAAUUGAUCGAAUUAUUCAUGAUUUGCCACCUGCAAAUCAGGAUACACUGGCAUUUGUGAUUCUUCAUUUACAACGGGUUGGCGAAGUUGCAACUGUAAAAAUGCCGGCUUCAAACUUAGCCAAAGUAUUUGGUCCUACGAUUGUUGGAUAUUCAGGACCAGAUAUCGAUGCUAAAACGAUGUUACGAGAAACGAGGAAGCAACAAGCUGUAUUGGAGGCUCUGCUGAGCAUGCCACAAGAUUUCUGGACAAAGUUUGUAUAUCGCCAAGACCAACGGCCGUACAGUGCUACCAAAUCCGGAACAUAUACACGCACUAAGGGCAAAACCAUGUCUACUAUCUACUCUACGCCACAAAGUUCAAACACAAUGCAUAAUGUCAGUCGUACUCGAGAGUCAGGACGGAAAAUUUACUUUACAGAUGAGUCACCAAAGGAUACUCCUCGCACUCGACAAAAACGUAACUUUUUUGAUUAAACCUAAACUAGCCAGGUGCUCGCUCCUUCACACUGGACCAAGAUAUUUCUUAUUUCUACAGUUUUCACGUUAUAAUAACCAACAAUAAUAUAAUAUAAUCACGAAUAUGUAUGUGCAUGAUUUCUAUUAGGAAAGAAAGAAGUGUAUAUGAAGCUAGUAAUAUUCUCCUACUAUACGAACAAAGAUGACAGUUGCAAUGUUGCUUACCGUUGUACAUACAACUUUUUAUUUUGAAAUAUAAUAAUGAUAUACAAAAGUCA